AUGAACAAGACUGGUGUUACAUCUCAUUUUUUGAGGCACCUUAAGGGUUGUAUGAAGAAGAAGAUUACUGAGCAAGGACAAAAUAAUAUUACUCUCUCUACAACUAUUGUUGAAUCAGAAACUGUCAAUGCUGUCCAUAAUUUCAAGUAUGAUCAUGGGAAGAUAAGGGAGAUUCUUUCUCACAUGAUUAUUGUUCAUGAGCUACCAUUCCUUUUCUCAGAAUAUGAAAUAUUCAAUUUAUUGAUGAGGACUGCUACUCCAUAUUAUCAGAAGAUUAGUCGUGCUACUGUGAAAAAAGAUUGCAUAACUUCUUAUGAAAUUGAGAAGAAAAAAGUUAUGACAUCAUUAAAAGAUGUGAGUAGGGUUAGUGUGAUUACUGAUUUAUGGAAGUCGGAUCAAAAGGUUUCAUAUAUGGUUGUCACUUGUCACUAUGUGGAUUCUAGUUGGAAUUUGCAGAAGCGGAAUCUAAAUUUUUUAGAUGUUCCUCCACCUCAUAACGGUGUUUCCAUUUGUGAUGUGUUGAAUAAGUGUUUGGUUGAAUGGGGAAUUGAAAAUAAGGUAUGGUCAGUUACAGUGGAUAAUGCUAGUUAUAAUGAUGUAGCUGUGAGGAUGUUGAAAGAUAACCUCUCUUAUAAAAACAAUCUUCCUCUUAGUGGCAAAUUAUUUCAUGUAAGAUGUUGUGCACACAUAUUGAAUCUUUUGGUGCAAGAUGGGUUAUCUGAAAUUGAAGAUAUUGUUUUCAAUGUGCGUGAAAGUGUGAAACACAUAGCUGCUUCAGAGACUCGUGUUAAUAUAUUUAGUGAAAUUUCAAAGCAAUUGAAACAAUCUUCAAAGAAGCUUGUUUUGGAUUGUUGCACGAGGUGGAAUGCAACAUUUUAUAUGUUAUCGGCUGCUUUAGAGUUCAAAGAUGUUUUUCCUAGAUAUGCAGCAAGGGAUGUAGCUUAUACUUUUUUGCCAAGUGAGGACGAUUGGAAAAAGGUUAAUGUUGUUUGUUCAUUUCUCGAGGAAUUUAAUGAAGUAACUCAUCUUAUUUCAGGAAGUGAAUAUCCUACUUCUAACUUGUUUGUCCUUACUGAACUUUAUACCAUAAAGAAAUUGUUAAAUCAGGCAAGUUCAGAUGAAGGAAGUUUUAUGGCAGCAAUGGCUAACAAGAUGAAGGCUAAAUUUGAUAAAUAUUGGGGUGAUAGCAACUUAUUAAUUUCUAUAGCAGUAGUGUUAGAUCCAAGGAACAAGAUGAAAUUGAUUGAAUGGUGUUUUUCAGAGAUCUAUUCUCCUGGUGAUGCAAUUGAGCACAUUUCUACUGUUCAUGAGACAUUGCGCAUGUUGUACAAUGAGUAUGUUGAAGCUCAUAAAACUACUGUUGGCAGCAGCAAUGUUCAAGAUGAAACUCAAAGAGAAAGUUCUAUUGGUCGGACUAAUUUAAAUGGAAGAGGAAAAGGUAAAGUAAGGGCACAAUUUUAUAGUUACAUUAAGAAUGUUGACAGUAUUGAGCAAGUAAAAUCUGAAUUAGAUGUGUACUUGGAUGAAGGAUGUGUUAUUUGUGAAGAUGACAUUAACUUUGAUGCAUUGUCAUGGUGGAGAAUUAACAACUUAAAGUUUAGGAUCUUAUCAAAAAUGGCUUGUGAUGUACUAUCAAUUCCGAUAACUACAGUUGCUUCUGAAUCGGCUUUUAGUGCCGGUGGUAGGAUUGGUUGCGUGCUCAUUAUGGAAUCAAGAAAAAAAUCAAAGAGAUCCAAUUUACUUAGUUGCUGUCUUUAUCGUCAACUUUCAAAAGUGGCCGUGGACAAGGAUAAGAGCAGCCAAGGAGCCUUGAAAUGGGCCCUCGAUAAUGUCGCAGUCAGGGGCCAAACCCUCAUCCUCAUUCACGUCAACACUCAUGCCGUUUCACCGGAUAGCAUACGCAGGGAAAUACUUACUCCUUUUCGAUGUUUCUGCACCAGAAAAGAUAUCAAAGUCAUGGAUAUGAUCUUGGAGGGCACUGACGUAGCUAAGGGCGUAGUGGAGUUCAUCUCUCAGUCGGGGAUCAACAAACUAGUCGUCGGAGCAUCGAGAGGAGGCUUUGUGAGAUCAUUCAGAAACUUGGACAUCAGCGUCAACAUUUACAAAACCGUGCCUGAUUUCUGCACUGCUUAUGUGAUAAGCAAAGGCAAGCUCUCCUCUGUUAAAAAUGCGAUCCGACCAGCUCCGGCCGUUUCGCCUUUGAGAAUCCAGCUCCAGAAACAAGCCAACGCAGAUCAACCAAGUCAACAGGAGAAGAAAGGUGAUGCUGCAGCUGCGACUCUCAAACCGAGUAAAGAAACAGAAUCAAUCAGGUCACCGUUGACGAGAGGGGCCUAUGCAUAUAAGUCUGAUGUAGAUUUGACGUCGGGCAGUGACAUAUCGUUUGUAAGCAGUGGGAGGAGGAGCACUGAUCAGGUCUUCCCUCCGAGGAUCUAUUGCCUGCCUGACAACGACCUUGCUCACAGCUUCGAGUCUCGACUAUCGCCUCGCAAGUCUGUGGGUGUUCAUUCCGCUAUGAACGGGUACUCUUUUUCUCAGGAGAGCUUUGCAUCUGACGCAUCGGAAUAUCAAGAAGCAGAGAUAAAUAGACUGAAACUGGAACUCAAGCAGACAAUGGAUAUGUACAACGCAGCUUGCAAGGAAGCGCUUCUGUCUAAACAGAAGGCAAAGGAGCUCCAUCACUCGAAGAUGGAGGGGAAACAGAGACUCGAAAUCGCCCGACUCGCGGAAGAAGCCGCCUUGGUUCUGGUAGAGAAGGAGAAAGCGAAGUGCAAGGCAGCAUUGGAAGCAGCCGAAGCAGCCCAAAGAAAGGCGGAACUGGAAGCGCAUAAAAGGAGAGAAGUGGAGAUAAAGGCCAUGAAACAAUCCGUCGACAAGAAUCCCUCGAAUUCGUUUGUGCAAACGGACGCGAGGUACAGGAGAUACAAGAUCGAGGAGAUCGAGGAAGCCACAGAGUACUUUGCGGCGGACAAAAAGGUUGGAGAAGGAGGGUACGGUCCCGUCUACAAAUGCUAUCUCGAUCACACGCCUGUUGCCGUCAAGGUACUGCGACCGGAUGCGGCCCAGGGGAGGUCUCAGUUUCAGCACGAGGUUGAGAUUCUAAGUUGCAUCCGGCACCCAAACAUGGUCCUCCUCCUCGGUGCUUGCCCGGAGUACGGUUGCCUGGUGUACGAGUACAUGGCGAAUGGGAGCUUAGAGGAUCGCUUAUUCCGGCGGGGGAACACGCCGCCCAUUCCCUGGCAAUAUCGGUUCCGCAUCGCCGCAGAGAUCGCCACGUGCCUUCUCUUCCUCCACCAAACGAAGCCGGAGCCUCUGGUUCACAGGGACUUGAAGCCUGCAAACAUCCUGCUCGAUCAGAACUACACCAGCAAGAUAAGCGACGUCGGCCUGGCCCGCCUUCUCCCGCCCUCCGUGGCAGACCAAGUCACUCAGUACCGCAUGACGACGGCGGCCGGGACGUUUUGCUACAUCGACCCGGAGUACCAGCAGACGGGCAUGCUCGGCACCAGGUCUGACAUUUACUCCUUUGGAAUCCUGCUGCUGCAACUGAUCACUGCGAAGCCUCCCAUGGGGCUGACCCAUCAAGUGGACCGCUCGAUCGAGACGGGAACGUUUCGACAGGUGUUGGAUCCCUCCAUCCAAAAUUGGCCGAUCGAUGAAGCUUUACGGUUCGCCAAGUUAGCACUCAACUGCGCAGAGCUGAGAAGGAAAGACCGGCCGGACCUAGGAACAGUCGUAUUGCCGGAGCUCAAUUGGCUGAGAGCUUUUGGGGAAGAAAACACGCAGCAAUUCGCAGUGGACAACAACGUCGGCACCUCAUCGUCACACGAUCGAGUUUCUGUGCUGGAUAUCAGGAGUGGCCCUUUGCAUCAGCAAUCAGGAUAUCAGAGCUCGAGCCAAUUUAGCGAAUCGUCGAUCAACUGA